UGCUUCCGUUAAGACGCAAAAUUCAAAAUUUAAAUAAAAGAAAUAGAUUUGCGUGCGUAAAAAUUUUGGCUGCCAAAAACAAGUGCAAAAAUAAAUUAGAAAUAAAUAUACAUAUAUUUUAUAAUAAAAAUUUUCAUUGCCUAAACUUCUUAUAAAUUAAGUAAGAAAAUUUUAUCUACGACAACGAAAGAAAAAAUAGCAUAAAUAAUAAAAAAUCUAGUAAAAUUAUAAAAGUUAGAAGAAGAUAUAAAUAAGUUACACAAACGUUUUGAUAAAAGAUAAAAAAGCGUGUUUGAAAUUUUUAAUACUACAAUACAUAAGAAAAAUUAUACUCGCACAUAAAAACGUAUGUAAAUCCAUGUGUUAUUUUUAAAGUACUCAAAAAUAAAUAAAACCUAAAAUAAAAAACCCGCAAACUAACAAAAAUUAAUGAAAGUAAAACACCAGCAACGUUUUAUUUAUUUUUUUUAAACAAACAAAUUUGUGGAACUUUUUUUUUUCUGAUCAAAAAAUUAAAAAAUGUCUUCUCAUAGCAAACCCAUAGAUAUUCAUACAAAUGGUAAUGGUGCUACACACGCAAAUUUAGAUGAAGCCGAUGACGGUGGGCUCUCAAUGAAAUUACGCUUUACAACAAUGUCCUCUAUGGACAACCAAGUACCACCUUCGCCAACAAAAAGUUCCUCACUUAAACGUAAUACCAGUUAUGGUAAUCUCAUGCCGGCAGAGACAAAAGAAACCAGAGUCAAAGUCAUUUAUACAGGAGGUACCAUUGGCAUGGUUAGAAAUGAAAGGAAUGUUUUAGCCCCCAUACCCAAUGCGUUGGUUAAACGUAUACGCAAAUAUCCUAAUAUGCACGAUGAGGAUUACGCCCAGAAAAGAUUUGGCCAAUCGGCCUCGAUGGCGCCAUUGGUGUUGCCCUAUGUGCAGGGUGAAAGUAAUCGUGUUAUUUAUCAAAUAACAGAAUAUAUACCCUUAUUGGAUUCCAGCAAUAUGACCAUGCAUGACUGGGCCAGAAUAGCCACCGAUAUUUAUCAAUCGUAUGAAUUUUUUGACGGCUUUGUGGUUUUACAUGGCACCGAUACGUUAUCCUAUACCGCUUCGGCUUUAUCCUUCAUGUUAGAGAAUCUCGGCAAAACUGUGAUAAUAACAGGUUCUCAAAUACCCAUUUUUGAGACUCGUACUGAUGGCAAAGACAACUUUACCUCGGCCCUAAUAAUUGCUGGCAAUUAUGUUAUACCCGAGGUGUGCGUGUUCUUUGGCAAUAAACUUAUGCGCGGCAACCGAACUGUGAAAGUGAGCUCAUGUGCAUUGGAUGCUUUCGAUUCUCCUAAUGUCCCGCCACUGGCCCGUAUUGGCAUUAAUGUGGAUGUAGAUUAUAGAUUGAUCUUUAGACCUUGUAAGAUUUCUAAAUUUAAUGUUCACUCUGAAUUGGAUGAAAAUGUGGGAAUUUUGCGCAUAUUUCCCAGUAUUUCUACCUCGACCUUUAGAGCCUUCUUGGCACCACCUAUAAAGGGUGUGGUGUUGCAGUCAUUUGGUUCUGGCAAUGUACCUUCUAAUCGUAAGGAUUUACUCCAGGAAUUAAAAGAUGCCUCCGAACGGGGAGUGAUUAUUGUAAAUUGUACUCAGUGCCCAAACGGAUCGGUGGCCGAAAUCUAUCAGACCGGAAAGGUAUUAUUUGAUUUGGGUGUUCUUCCUGGUUUCGAUAUGACACCAGAGGCAGCGUUAACUAAACUGUCAUAUGUAUUGGGCAAAAGUGAAUGGCCAUUGGAUAUAAAGAAACAGAUGGUGCAAUCGAAUCUAAGAGGUGAAUUAACUGCCACUACAGGCCCCAAAAUGGAAGAAUACGACCUAGUCGACGCUGUGGCCAGAUCUUUGCAUUUAUCUUCGCCCCAAGAACUCAGUCAACUGGGUGCUACACUCUUUCCUGCCAUGCUGAAUGCAGCUGUCAUAGCCGGAGACAUACAAAAGAUCAACAAUUUAAAGGCCUAUGGUGCUGACCUUUCUGGCGUAAAUCAAGAUCAUCGCACCGCUUUACACUUGGCCUGCAUUGAAGGAAACAUGUCUGUUGUCAAGCAUCUACUGCUAAAUGGUGUUUCCGUCCACAUAAGAGAUCGCUACGAACGCACACCUCUCAUAGAAGCUAUCAGUAAUGAUAAUCAUGGAAUUAUAAAACUACUCAUAAAUUGUGGCGCCCAUUUGACAGGGUCCUCUAGAGCGGUGGGCGAACAAUUAUGUGCCGCUGUUGCCAGAGGCUCUUUGACGCGUCUGCAGUCAUACCAAUUGGCCGGCGCCGACCUUUCACAACCAGACCCCUCCGGCCGGACACCAUUGCAUGUGGCUGCCCUACAUGGGCAUGAAGAAUUAGUACAAUAUCUACUCCAAUACAUGGAUAAUAUAAAUGAAACUGAUAUGUUGGGACUCACUGCUUUGGAUUAUGCUCUGAAGGCCGAUCAGCAAAGUGUUGCUGUAAUUCUGAAUAAUUUUGCACAUAAUCAGGUGUAAAUUGCUGGGCAAACACACACAUCUCGUUUAAAUAUAUUUAAAACACUUUACUCUCAUACUUUACAUAAUUUUAGUCACAUAUACAAAUUAUAAAUUAACUGUAAUUAUAUAUAAAUUAAGAAUGACACUUAUUUAACACAAUCAAUAAUUUAUGCACUGAACAAAUCUAAAUAUAACGGUAACAAUGCAGACAAGGCGAAUUAAUUAAAAAUAUUAAUUCGCCUUGAAAGUAGAGUUGCGUUUAUAAGAGAUGAAAAAUAAAACAGGGUACGCAGUUAUUAACCUGACGCCUUCGCGAGCCAUUGUUUUGUGCGCACAUUGGGUUGAACAGAACCUAAAUCAAGAAUUAAUUCUAAAAUAUCGUGUGAUAGAAUACAAAUUUUGUCAUCACUUUUUUCUAUUCUGUUUUCUAUUAGUUCUGCCAUAUGUCCCGAUUAUCGGAUUGUCCGUUUUUAGUCAUUAAAUACCGGGUCCCUCGCGGAAAUCGUUAUUACCGCUUUUUUAGGUUUUACACAUCUAAUAAUCAGUGAUUAGUUAAUUAUGGAGUAAAAAUAUAAAUUUAAUUUGAUGAAAUGGUAUUAAAAACAGUUGAUUUUGAGCCUAAUAAUUACUAAAUUACAUUUAUGUUGAAAAUAUAUAAGUUAUAUAAAUAUAUGUGAUCAAGCUACUGGUAGUAAUUUAUGUAUAUGUUCCUUUUCACUCUUGUAAGGAUCAUAGGGCCGUAAAUAGAUUCUUCCUAUAUAUUCAAUCUGAUGCAUGAUUUAUUUUAUUCCAUUGAAGUUUUAAUUGUGAUAUUUCGAUGAUACAUAUCAUUAUUUUGGAACAAGGAAAGCGAGUCUAAAAUUAUUUCACACAAUUAAAAAUUUAAAUUUUAGAAACGAAUAUUUUUAGUAAUUUCCUUAACUCUUUCAGCCACGCUUUUUUGUGUAUAAGUUUAAAAUCAAAACAAUUGCAUUUUUACUUUAAUCAAGGUUAGUUUAUUAUAAAAAGUAAGAAAAAAUGAAUCAAAACAUGAAAAAACCACCCCAUUCCAAGGUUUUUUGUCGAGUGAAGUGGUUAGUUUACUAACCACCGUGGCGGUUGGUAUUAAAAAUAACUAUGAUAAACAUUUUUGUUUCGCAUAAAUUGUUUUGAAAUCGAAUAUUUUUGACUAAAUUUUCUGACAAACAACCGAAAUAUCAAAGUAAUACUGAAUUCGAUUAAGAAUAAACACUUUGUGCUUUUUUAUUGAAUGCUUGAAAGUCUAUAAAAAAACCUAAUUUUUACAAUAGGUAUUUUCAAUAUGACGGCAAAGUUUUGCAAAAAAUCAUAAGCGAUGACUUCAAAAAAUAUAAUUGUUUAGCAAAAUGGCAAUAGAUGCCAAUAAACUAUGUUUUAAAGUCUGUAGAAAAUGUGGUUAGUAAACUAACCACCCAACCGCAAAGAGUUAAUUCAGAAAAUGUAUUUAAUUUAACUGAUAUGGUUUUAUUAGAAGAUAUAGAUUUCAGAUAAUGGCAGCAGUUAUAUUUGAUGUUUCCCUCGUAUGUUUUGAAAAUCCUUCCAUUUUCCACGUGCCGCUUUUUGUUUAUUUUUUUGCUACACUCUUUCAAACUGAACAUCGAGAUAUUUCAAGUGUAAUUUGCUGGUAAUACUUGUGAGAUUGGGCAACAAUUUGUACAACUUUUGUAAUAAAAACAUUUUUUUUGCCAAUAUUUCCAUAGAGAUUUGAGAUUUCUACAUUCAAAAUAUAUGUAUACACAAUAAAAAAAAACUAAGAUUGUUUGUGAUUUAUAAUAACCAAAUUUGUUACUAAUUCGUUCAUUUAGAAUUUAUUUUAAUUUUAUAAUAAAAGGCUGUUAAUGUGAAUUUCAAUUAUAUAUUUUAAUUUAUGAUAAAUAAAUAAAAUUUAUUAAUGUUGCAACAAA